GGACCACCUGUGCAUCUCUUGCCCGCUGCCACCUCUCUCUCUCUCUCUCUCUCUCUCUCUACAUAUAUAUAUAUAUGCUCUACUCUACUCUACUCUUCACAGCCACCGCCGCCGCCGCACAACACCCAGAAAAUGGUGACCGUACCCACCACCAUCACCACUGAAACACCACCACCACCACCACCUUGUGGGCCCAAGCUAGAAUCCCUAACUCACAUCGACAUAAGCAAACUUAGCCAGUCGGAACUCCAUGCCCUAUCCCUCUGCUCCUCCGCCGCAUUCGAUCUCCGCCGCACCGACGACAUUAUCUCCCCCCAAAUUGACCGCACCGUCUUCAACGAGAGCGCCGGCAGCCGCCGCCAGACCUACUCCCGCCUCCGCCUCGACUCCUCCUCCUCUUCCUCCGCCGCCGCAGUCCACCGCAGCCGCCUCCCCGGCCUCCUCCCCAACCCUAGACCCCCUCCCUCCCUCGGCCCCGACGACCCCGAACACGCCGAGAACAAAUCCAUUGUCAAUUUCCUCAAACAACUCAUCACCACCGCCAAUAAAAUCGAAAAUUCAGACAGAUUUCUACUCGCGCCGCCGCCCCAAUCGGUUGUUUCCGGCGACCCCGAGUCGGUUCCUCCGCCGCCGGACAUGCAAAUUGUGGUGUAUUCGGGUGAGAUGAAGAGGAAGAGAGGGCGGAAACCGAAGCCGAAGGAUAUGGAGAACGGGGGUGAGAUUGAAUUGGAGAUUGUGAAUAAGAAUGGAGUGGUGGUUGAUUUUAGGGCACUGGAAAAUGGGGAUGAGUUGUAUGGAGCGGAAUUGAGGAGGAGAACUGUUGGGUUGGAGAAGGAAGAGGAGGUUUUGGGGUUUUUGAGGAACUUUGAGGGACAGUGGGGUAGUAGGAGGAAGAAGAGAAAAAUUGUUGAUGCCAGUGAGUUCGGUGACUCGUUGCCGAUCGGUUGGAAGCUUUUGCUUGGCCUCAAGAGAAGAGAAGGCCAGGUUUCCGUCUACUGCCGCAGAUACAUAAGCCCUAGUGGACAACAGUUUGUAUCGUGCAAAGAGGCGGCUUCAUAUUUGCAGUCUUAUUUUGGACUUAAUGAUGCUAGUCAGCCAUCGAAUCAGAUGGGGGGCAACAAUCAGCAGGUCUUUGGAUUGGCUUCUGAAAAUCAUGCAGGUUUUGUUCGCCAGAAUGAUGAUUUAAAGCAAGACACUAUUCCCAAUUCAAUGUUACCCAGUUCAUCCAUUCCUAAUGUACAGGAGAUGGAAAUUAGCUUAAUGGAGAUUGACAAUCUGCCCGAUGUUGAAGUACGGGAUCUUUUUGAGUGUUACAAAUGCAAUUUGUCCUUCGAUGAAAAGAAUACAUAUUUAAAGCAUCUGAUGUCAGUUCACCAGAGGACUACUAGGAGGUAUAGACUUGGUUCAUCCAUCGGGGAAGGUGUGAUAAUUAAAGACGGAAAGUAUGAAUGCCAGAUUUGUCACAAGGUAUUUCAGGAAAGGCGGAGUUACAAUGGUCAUGUGGGAAUCCACGUAAGAAACUGUGUCAGAAGUUCUGAAGAAUUGCCAGGUCAGGCUGCUCUUCUGAAGUGCACUGAAUCUCCAUCUCCAUCUCCAUCUCCGGAUGAGUUGCCACCAAGGAUCACUAAAAUGGAUGCUUUGAUUCAAAUUGCACAAAGUUCUAUUUUAGAAACUCCCACUGCAUGAUC